GCUCCGUCUGCCGGUGUCAGCCGCCCGAUAGACGUCGGCAGGGCGAGCUCUUUGCAAGACCAGGGUGAUGUGAGAAGGAGCCCGGAAUGCCGUACCUGGACCGGCAGAACCGUAUCUGCGGCUUCCUGGACAUUGAAGAAAAUGAGACCUGUGGCAAGUUCCUGCGCAGGUAUUUCAUCCUGGACACCCAGGCCAACUGCCUCCUGUGGUACAUGGACAACCCCCAGAACCUGGCCAUCGGUGCGGGAGCUGUCGGCUCCCUGCAGCUCACCUACAUCUCCAAGGUCAGCAUCGCCACCCCGAAACAGAAGCCCAAAACCCCGUUCUGCUUUGUUAUCAACGCCUUAUCCCAGCGCUACUUCCUGCAAGCCAGUGACCAGCAGGACCUGCAGGACUGGGUGGAGGCUCUGAACAGGGCCAGUAAGAUCACGGUGCCAAAGGGUGGUAGCAUCCCAGCGGCCACAGAGAUCAGGAAGCCUCCCGUGGUGCUGCAGGCGCAGGAGAGGAAGCCCCAGGUCGCCUACAAAACUGAGAUCAUCGGGGGGGUGGUGGUCCACACACCCAUCUCCAUCAACCAGAACGGGGGGGAUGCAGGGGACGGUGGUGAUGUGGCUGCGCAUCCGCUGCUGCGGCGCUCGCAGAGCUACGUCCCCCCCUCGGCCACCAAGGCACCGGCCGGGCCCCCCCCACUCAAGAGUGGGUACUGCGUGAAGCAGGGGAACGUGAGGAAGAGCUGGAAGCGCCGUUACUUCGUUCUGGAUGAGUUUUCCAUCAGUUACUACAAGUGUGAGCAGGACAAGGAGCCCCUGCGUUCCAUUCUCCUGAAGGAUGUCUGCAAGACCCAUGAGUGCCUGGUCAAGUCCGGCGACCUCCUGAUGCGGGACAACCUCUUUGAAAUCAUCACAACCUCCAGGACCUUCUACAUCCAGGCAGACAGCCCUGAGGACAUGCACAGCUGGAUCCGAGCCAUCACAGGGGCAGUCCAGGCCCUGAAAACCCGCCCCAGGGAGAUGUCCUUCAUGCGAUCCACAUCCAUGGGGAGACCCGGGGGCUCCUCAUCCCAGCCCCAGCAGAGGCCGGUGGCGGAGGAGCGGAGGGCGCUGUGCCGGGUCCCUGCCACCUCCUCCUGGCAGCCCUGGACACCGGUGCCAGGGAAGCAGCCGGAGGUGCUCCGGGACUCUCUCUUCACACCGGUCCUCACGGAGCGCGAUGCCGGCACCGCACCGGGCACCCGCGUGCGGCACAAGUCGGAGCCGCAGCAGCUCAAGGAGAAGCCUUUUGCCUUCGACCUGGAUGAUGAAAGCAUCCGGACCUCCGAUGUGUGAGCGGGGCCAUCCCCAGCUGCUGGGGGGGGGUCGGGGUGUGCAGCGUGCCCAGGAUGCUCCAUGCGUGCGCUCAGGACCGAGCUCACUCCCAUCCUCUCAGCGGGGUGAAGUGGCCCCAUCCCUCCAUCACUUGUGAUGCAGGAUCCGGCUGGACCCGCAUCCCAGCACCCUGGGGAGCCAGAUCCUGCCUGCUCCCCACCCAGUGCCUCCCUGUUUCAGAAGCUGCCUCCGUGCUGGUCCCCAGCAUGGCCUGGAUGAGAAGGGGGCAUCUUCUGCAUCCUCAUAAUUCUCCCUCCAAACCCAAGCGUGGAGGAAGCAUCAGGAGGUCUCGGAGGUGGGAAGGGGAGCGUGGCCUUUCUUCUGUUUGGGACAAAACCCAUUUUUUCUCCCCUUUUGUGCUGCUCAUCCUUCCUUGGGCAGCUGGACAGAGCUGCCUGUGGAUGGACAACUGCAGCUUCCCUAGGAGAGCAGCUCUGCGUGCUCUGCUGCAUCAACAUCCUUGUUGGCUCUGAAUGAUGUCCUUUGAUACCUGUGGCUGCUGUUAAACCCCAGCCCCGGCUCAGCUCCUCCAAAAGGCUUCUUGGUACCUGUGGAGCAGCGGUGGCUCUGGGGAUGCUCAGGGAUGGGGUUGGUUUUGCUCUGGGCACCCCUGCCUGGGGGUGAAGUGCUUUGAGGAAGCAGCGAUGAAACAGGAGUGUUUAAUGGCACCGGGAGGCCUCAUUGCUGCAGCCUUGAUGUGAGAAUGAGCAGAAGUCCUCUGUUCAAUGUGAACUUGUCAUCUCCAUACCCAAACCAGCUCCUGUAGCAGGUGUGAUAAAUAGGGUAUGGAUUCAGGCAUUCCUUGGGCAAUGAGAUUGUUAUCCUCAUCCUGAAAUGCAUGUGCAGUACUUGGGUACCAGUGAGGAAGCAGCUCCCCAUCCCUGCUGUCAGCAUCAGGUUGUGUUGGUGUGACCUAAGGCCCUCAGUGCCUUGGGUUAG